AUGAAACAAGAGAUGUAUGUAAGCUUUGCAAGCUCAAAGCAUCCAGCUAUCGAUUCCAUGUCGCUGCCCCAGGCAUCUUCACCAGCACCACCAUGGUCUAGGAGGGCGCGUGAAGCCCGAGAGGUUGCCGCCGCCGCUAAUUCCAGUACCGCUACUGCCGCGAAUCCCAGUACUAUCCCUUCCACAAUUUCCCAACCCGUCGCGCAGCGCCAAAUCUGUCUCGGGUACAAUUGCUACGAAAAUAGUAAACGAGCUCAUUGGUACUUAUAUAUUCCAUCCACGACGGAUUCGAACAUUGGCAAGGUCAUUCAGGUCACCGGAAACGUAUGGGAUGGGUUUGGUUUCCAAAUCAAGACCAACUUCAAUAUUCGAGAUACAUAUGACCAUUACAUACACCUGGGAUAUGUUCUGCCGGACCUGAUCGUGGACGACUACACCCCGGACGCUUACCGUGCAGCCGACAUUCGAUCGCACCCCAUUGACGCGAUCGAGCAGGUUGCGUUCGACCUCGGACUCCCUGUCCAAAACCCCGAGGCUACUUUACCACCUCAUGAUGAUCCCGUGUGGAACCUCCCAAACAGAGACUUUGAGCGUUGCCAAGAGUGGAUCGGGAAGCUAGUUGGAGUUCUGGUGGAGAAACGCCGAUACCUUGACCCAGCUGCCCUCAGUGCCCUUGACAACGCCACAAGUUUCGGUGUCUAG